AUGUUGUUACCACUCGGCUCAUUCAAGAGUACGAGAUUGAAACUGGAGGAGUCGACGACGCGGAGAGAGGCAGACGACGAUGAUUUUUCACUGGUAACUGUAACAAGCGCGUCCCUCCAGGAGAGCACCGGCAGCACCCUCACCGGGUCCAUCUACACGAACUGGGAGGAAAAAUUCGCGUGUCGCGCGCUACAGGGUCGAGGCCGCGUCUUCAGCUACCGAAAGAGGAGGACCCACGUCGGCGAUGGAGUCUUCAACGCGCCGGCUGGCGUCUGUCCACGUCGCGCUACCUCGUCGAUCAUUCGCCGUAAUACAGGUGAUUCCCGGCUCGUGUUCGUCUGGCCGCAGAAGGCCAGCAGGGGUCGACUCUCGAACGUUCUUGCGCCCCUGCUGCGGGGUGCUCUGCUCGGACUGUUGUUCGUAGACGCCCUUCACUUGUGGCCUGGAGAAUUUUUACCCACGUCUCUACCAUCGACCAUGCCGAUUACGCUGCCGCCUGCAAAGUGCAACAUCAUCGAGCCGCGUUGGUACGAUAACAAUUGAGUUAUGGCCGAGAUACGUAAUCAUGUUUGCGUAAACAUACGUUUGCAAUAGUGUAAAAAUGCGAUAGUGCAAUUUGACCGAAACAUCGUACAAUCUUCAAUGAAGAUAAAAUUAUUUCGCCCGAAGGCCUUUCUGAGCCUUUAAAACGCGCUUGGAGUUCUUUUUCUCAUAAGAAGAAACUUGCACUCGGAAAGAGAAUUUUGUACGGUUUUACGCAGAUAAUAGUCUCUGGAAUUAAAAAGAUUUUAUUGGUCUUCAUAAUUGACCGGUUUAUAUUAUCGAAGAUAAUACUUUAAUAAUGUUCCCGAUGUCGUGCCAUAAAAUUGCAAUUAUAUUGAUGCAAUAUAUUGAUUGCAAUAAAAAACCAAUUGAAGAAAUCAUUACUCCAAGACAUAACACACGAGUAUUGAUAAUAUCAUGCGUUAAAACCUUCGGACGGAUUGUAAAAUUUCUUCAUAUCUGCUUUUCCAAUUUCCUUGUAACUUGAUGAUUAUCUAUUCUCCUAUUAUGAACAAUAGAAAUGUUCUUCGGUUAUUUGUCAGCUCACAAUAAUUGUGCGUUGCAAUUCAUUUGUGAAAUAAAUGCCAUAUGUACACAC